CAUUCGCUUUCACAGAAGCAUGAGCGACCAGCACGUCUGAUCUGAGUCGAGGUGGCUGAUCCCUGAUCGCUUUUUCAUAUGGCAUCUUCGGCUGCUGCGGCGCUGAGCGUGCUGUCAUGCAUCAGUGCAUUCCUGCUGAGUGGUUUGGUCUUCGGCUGGCAGCCCAUCCAGCUGCUGCUCAUGCGAGAGGUCCAUCAAUCGCACGCGGGCCUGCAGGCAGAUCGAUGGCUCUGAUCGAUGACAGUGUGUUUCUGUGUGUGUGCUGUGUGUCGGUGGGGUGCGUGCAGGGCGUGUACGAAGACCUGUGCGACGAAGGCGUCAUGGGCUGUCCAGCGCAGCUCAGAAAGUAAGAGCAGCGACGCAAUCAUCACUCAGACACCAAGGCCCUGCCGAGUGUUUUCGUUUCCUUUCAGGCUGUCGGAGAUCUUCACUCUGGCUUCCUUUCUUGUCAGCCUGAUUGCCUUGCCGGCGGGUCUGUUUCUGGAUCGGUUUGGUCCCAGGCCCACGGUGGCCCUCAGCGGUGUCCUCAUCAUCGGGGGGCUGGUCCUCUUCGGUAUCAGCGACUCGCAGCUGGACAUGUUUUCCCUUGGCUAUGCGCUGAUGGGCGUCGGUGGCGUGCUGACCCAGUUCGCGGCCUUUCCUGUCAGUUUCCUUAUCCCCGCCUAUCAGUCACUCAUUCUCGCAGGUGAGAUAUAGGCUGACGGAGGCGCAGUGCAGUGCACUCAGCACAGACACAUGCAAUGCAGCGGAGGAAUGGUGUGCUCCUUUCCUGGCUGAUCCCAGGAAUCAACUGUUGCUUCGAUGCGUCGUGCCUGGUGAGAGAUCUACUGACUAUAGGAUCCGUGGGCACACACACAUUGCAAGCAGCCGCAUCCGCUCUCUCCCUGUCGUAUGCAUGGAUGCAGGUGUUCCAGGUCUUCUUGAGCCUGCACGAGUGGACGGGCCUUCCCCGGAGAGUCAUGUUCUUGAGCUACAGCGUCAUCGCCUUCGCCAUCCUCGCCCCGAUUAUCGUGCUCUGGACGCUGGUCGACCGCGCCAAAUCCAGCAGCACCAGCGGCGGCAAGCUCAAAGUGGAAGACGAGCUCAACGGCUAUGUGGCGUUGGGCGACACUGAAGCGGUACUGCUGGCCUACGAUGUGCAGCAUGAGAUGCAGCAGCUGCACUCGGCCAAGGAUGAGGAAGACCUCUCCGGCAUGACGCUAUACCAACAGUGAGCAAAGCAGGGAUGGUAGUGAGAUAGCGAUGCGGUAGAUGUCUUGUGUUGUCGAUUCAGGUUUUGCAGCAGCGCGUUUUGGACGAUUCUCGUUUACACGUGUCUGGGCAUGCUGCGGACAUCCCUCUACAUCGCCUGUGUGGGCAUAGUGCUCAACACAUACGGCGAUGCGGCGGGGGGCUACGUGUACAUCAAUCUCUUCGGCGUGCUGCUGCCCCUGGGCGUCUUCCUCGCUCCCGUCAUCGGCUGGACUGUCGACUCCAUCGGCUGUCUCAACACUCUUCAGCUGACUAAUGCGCUGAGCGUUCUCAACUAUGGCCUCAGUCUCGUCCCCUCGCUGCAAGUGCAAGCCGCCAACUUCAUCGUCUUCACCACUUACAGGGCUUUCUUGUACGCCAUGACGGCCACAUUCAACGCGAAGGUGAGCGCCUGGGUGGCUGAGUGGCUGAGUGGCUGACGGACUGACCCUGGCUGCCUUUUUUGUUGUGAUGUGCAGACGUUUGGUUUGGCGACGAUGGGGCGUGUGAUGGGUGUGUGCAACUGUGUGUCGGCCUUCACGAUCCUUAUCCAGCCCUACUUCAUCUCAAUGAUCUUCAGCACCUUCAAUGGACAGAUCUUCGUCCCCUUCAUGACCAUCGUCAUGGCAGGGGUCGCACUCGCCCUCGUCAACGAGGCAUACAGAUGGCAUGUGCGCAGGUCAGCCACUCAGCCAGCAAGCCACUCACAAACAAUUCAUGGACAUCCGACGUUGACACGUCUGUCUCUCCAUUCCUUCGUUCAGUAAGCGACGCGGUCUGCGGGCGGCAUCGCCGGGCGACAAUCCUGUGUCGCUGGUGGCGCCGAGCCACAUGGGAGUCGACGAGAGUGCCCUGCACCCACCACACGAUGAGAUGCUCGGAUACCUUGGCAGAUUCACGUGCAAGCGCACAUCGAGCGGCUUCGACGAAGUGCCGUGGCACGACGGCGCCAUGUCGAUUGAGAGGCGGCUGAGCGUCACCUCCCCGAUGGCACACUCGGUGAGGGCGAGGGGGCGGGGCAGCGAAGACUACACGUCUGACGUGGCUGUGAGGAGCGAUGGGGAGACGGCAAUGAGCACUGCUGCCAACACUGUGGUGAUGUAGACGGCCAGGCAGGCAGGCAGGCGUGUGUAUUGGCGUAUGUCUUGAUCGUGUGGGCGUUGAGUGUGGGUGGGCGGUUGGGUGUGAGGUGAUUUUUGCACACACAUGUGGAUGUGUGGAUGGAUGGAUGGAUACGACGCACAGGAGGUACUUUUUACUUCGCUGUGUCCGGCGUUAUGUAUCAUUCAUGCAGUUUAUUCAGUCAGUGUGUGUGGUAGUGUCGGUGUUUCUUUCUUCGUGGCUGUGGCUGUGGCUGGAGGAUGGCCAUCCAUCUGUCGUGUAGGUGUGCUAAGGACAGCACUCGUUUGUUGAUUGACUCUUUAUGGGCAAUCAAUGUACGUACAUGGUGUGCAGGGGUGGGUGGCCAUUGUGUGGGGCAGCGCGG